AUGCCCAUCACUGGACCGUCACAUUCGCUUCGGUUUGGACCCGAUGAUACCGGCAGGGAGGGAUGCUCUCAAGGGCCAUUAUUGGGCACAUCAACCGGGCAGUCCCGUCUCGAUGGGAGCAGCGCAUCACUGAAUGCCAUUGCUCGAUUUCGUUCUUUGGAUAGAUCUUUUCCCGUUGCGCAAGCUCUACGACAGAGGGUGAGGGGACCAGAACCUGCCGCCCCAACAUCCGCAAUUCAGCGCGCCGCCCCUCUCAGUAAUGAAAAUUCCGGCAUUAACCGAUCGGGAAUCAACAACACCCGCGGCUCGUCGGUGGUUUCACCAUAUGGCAUAGGCCCAGCUGCUCUUGUCUACCCAACUCAUUCACAAACAUCAGCGGUGGAAUCCAUGUCCCGGUCAUCAUCGUCAUCGUCGUCAUCGUCAUUGCCUCCUCGGCAACUAAAUGAGUUGUGGCAGAUGGUACGAGAUCUCAGGGCAGAAAAUGCUGUACUGCAGCAGCGAGUUGGUAUAUUGAUGGAGGGCGGUGAUGAGAAAUUUGAGGAGACACUGCAGGGCAUUCCACUGCAUGGGACUGAGCAUGAAAAGAAUACCACGGGAGUAUCUUCAAAUAACACCACCACUACCACCAGUGCCGCACGUCCUAGCAGUGAGAAAGCUGGUGCAGUUUCCGAUACUACACUUCUCAGCGAAGGAAGUGGAGGUAAGAAUGGACAUAUGACACCAUAUCUAUUUGCAGAGAGGGAAGCGAUGCUAAAGCGAAUACGGCGGUUGGAAGCGGCACUAAAGUUGGAGGCGAUGGAACGUGAUGCGCUGGAACUGCGGUUGAGAGCUCAGGAACGUGUACUUGCCCGGUUUGUGCAACAAUGA